UCCGAACUACACAAUAGUUAACCUUCAUACGUUGACUAGAUAAUCUACAGACACCGUAGAGUCUUUGGUACGAAUAUGAAGUCAAAAUGAUGCUUCUAAACUGAGUUGUGAAAUUUUUUCGCAAAGGACCUCGAAUUUUCAACAAAAAAAAAAGCGAAAGAAAUCGCUCAUAUCUUACGAACCAUCCACUAAAUGAGGCUCACACUUGAUGUGUGAUCACCAUUCGGUAAGAGCUACAGGUGUUGCUACUUUUGUUGCGGAGCACUGUAUAACAACAAGAUUAAGGAAAUUGACACUAGACAUACUCAUAUUUCACGUUAUACAUAUAUCAAACUUAUUCUGGUACUUUUACCUUUUACAUUUUAUUUUUCUAGCGAAAGCACUCGAUUACUAAAUUCCUCAACAUUCUUAUCGGCAUAUUAUCCAUCGAAUAUUCAUUUAACAUUUCGGACGAAUGAUUUGAUAACUCGUAAAGGCUUUUGGUUAGUUAUUCAACCAGCUAAAUCUGAACAACAAACAUCACUGAAAGUAACCUGUCAACAACAUAAUUUAAACAGCAAACUACAACCAUUAUCGAUAAUCACGACCACUGCUACUACAAGUACUACUGUUAGUACAACAACUACAAUACCAAAUACGACAUUGGUCAGUGCAAUUAAUUUUAGUCAACCAUCUGAAAUUCUCAUUAAUGAAGCAAUGACGUCCUCCUCAUUUGGCAUCCAUGUACCUAAUCGCACACAUCGUAGUACUCUCUCAUUUAUUUUGAUCAUAACUGCGAUAUUUGUUGCUAGUCUACUACUAUUAAAUUUAUUUUUAAUUCUACUCUGUUGGAAACAACGUAGUCAUUCAAAAAAACAAUCAUUACAAUUUUUUACAUCAUCCUACAAUCGAGAUACACCCGUUAUGAAUUCAUUAGAAUCAAAAACAACAACAUCAUCAAGAUAUAUAUUCGACUCAAGUCCAACUGUUCAACAUCCACAAUUACCACACCAUAAUACACCAUCAACGUCAACAACAAAAACAAGUAGCUAUGAAGACCCUAGCGAGUUAAUGACAUUAAAUCCUAACAAUACAACCUUAUCGAGUUGGAAUAACGAUGCACAACAAGUAAAUUCAAGCUCAUAUCAUCAAUAUCCACAAAUAGUGCCAUUAAAAAAAACAGUGAAUCCAAUCAAUAAUUUGGCAUAUCUUCAACAAAAAACAUUUCGUCCUAUCUUACCAAUGGCACCACUUUCAGAUGGUUACAAUCGAAUGAUUCAUUGGCCUCGACUGCCUAUUCAAUGUAAUUUUAGUCCAAGUCCACCUGAAAUUCAUUAUCCAGAUUCACAUAUUUAUGAAACUAUUCAAGAUAAUAACGGCACUUUGCCUCCGUAUCAUCGACUAGCAUCAACAAUGCGUCGUCAACGACUUUGUCAUCCUCAAUGUACAUGUGUACCGGCCACAUAUCAUGACGCAUCAUUUAAUUGUAGGACUUGUAAUGAGAAUAAUAAUAAUAACGAGAACAAUAUAUCAGCCAUUGAGUCUGUUCAACCGAAUCCCGAAACACUAGUCUAG